CCUAAACAUAAGCACAUCAACAAUUAUAUCCCUUCCAAAGGAAAAAAAAAAUCAAGUUUCACAAGAAAAGAGAGAGAAAAAGAAUGGAAGUAAUUCAAGUGCUUCACAUGAAUGGAUCAGGAGCUGGAGAUUUUAGCUAUGCCAACAACUCCCUUCUUCAGUCGAAGGUGAUAUCGAUGACGAGGCCGAUUGCAGAGGAAGCCAUAAACAACUUAUAUUGCUCAACUUUCCCAACAAGUUUCACCAUAGCUGAUUUGGGAUGUUCUUCAGGACCAAACACUUUAAUGGCAGUUUCUCAACUCAUUAAAACAGUGGAAAACAGUCGUCAAAAGCUCAACAAGAAACCAAUUGAAUAUCAAGUAUUGUUAAAUGACUUACCUGGAAAUGACUUCAAUACCAUCUUCAAAUCAUUGCCUAAUUUCCUUGAAAAUUUGAAAAUGGAAAUUGGAGGUGAUGUUGGGCCUUGUCUCUUUACUGGGGUUCCUGGUUCUUUCUAUGGAAGGCUUUUUCCUUCAAAAAGUGUGCAUUUUAUUCAUUCUUCUUAUAGUCUCCAUUGGCUAUCUAAAGUUCCUCAAGGGUUGGAGGAGAGUAAGAGGAAUAUUUACCUGGUAAACGCAAGCCCAAAGAGAGUGGUGAAGGCUUACUAUAAGCAAUUUCAAGAGGAUUUUGAAUUGUUUUUGAAAUGUAGAGGAGAAGAAUUAGUGAAGGGAGGAAGUAUGGUUUUGACACUUUUGGGAAGAAGAAGCCAAGACCCAACUAGUAAAGAGUGUUGUUACAUUUGGGAGCUCUUGGCUUUGGCUCUUAAUGACAUGGUUUCACAGGUAUUUUUUUUUCAGAAUUAUAUUAUAAAUUUUCCUAAAAUAUGUUGUUAAUUAUAUAACUUGUGAAUUAACAAAA